CACACUUUAUGUGAAACCCGAUGACUUCUCGUGGAAUCUCGCGAUGGCUGACUCAGACGAGAACACAGCACGGAAAUCAUGUCGGGUCUUGUCAACAACACAAGCAAGUCAUGAACAUAUAUUGUUAACAGACAUGCCAUAAAGUCCCACUAAAUAGUCACCCAGCCAUCAGUGCUCACAUCCCGCUGUCCCCAUGACAACCCCUCCUCUGGCCCAGUUCCCUGGGCAACAGGCUCAGGCAGCUCGGGAUGUGAACACAGCCUCGCUCUGUCGGAUCGGACAGGAGACGGUGCAGGACAUUGUCUUACGAACUAUGGAGAUCUUUCAGCUGCUGAGAAACAUGCAGCUGCCGAAUGGAGUCACCUAUCAUCCUAACACUCAUCAGGACCGGUUGGGGAAACUGCAGGAGCACUUGCGGAUGCUCUCUGUCCUUUUCCGCAAGCUCCGUCUCGUCUAUGACAAAUGCAAUGAAAAUUGUGCUGGUCUGGACCCCGUCCCCCCUGAGGUGAGAUUGCAACUUAUCCCUUAUGUAGAGGAUGAGAGUUCUAAGAUGGAUGACCGAAUGGCCAGUCAAAUGCGUGCAACCAGUGAAGAGAGAAGAGAAGUACUGGAAGUAAAUAAGAAACUCAAACAGAAGAACCAGCAGCUGAAGAUGAUUAUGGACCAGCUCCGAAACCUCAUCUGGGAGAUCAACUCCAUGCUGGCUGUCAGGAGCUGAAACACACACACUCACACACAUAUGCGUGUGCAGUCAUACACUGUUGUAGAUCCACCGACUGUAUUAGCUGCAUUCAUGUUUUCAGCGGGACACGUAAGAUAGAUGCAGGAAAGAGCAGCGAGGAACAAAAUUGAGAGAAGGUAGGAAGCGUGUUCAUUUAUCUAUUAAGUAUAAACGUAUAUACCAAUGCUUGUCUCAAUUGCUAUUUAAAAAGAAAAAAAAGAACAAAUGGUCUGACUUUAAUUUUAGAUAUAAAAGCAUUCAAUUCAAAAAGGAAAAAAAAUACACAGCUGUCUACAGUAGCUGCACAAUCAAUAGUGCUACAUUCCAGCAUGUAUGGUUCAAUGUACCCUACUUUAUUUGUAAUCCCUUAUCAGUAACCUCUCAUCGAAAAAAAUAAAAUAAAAAUAAACCAUGCAA